AUGACCGUCGCUCUUAUCCAUUUUAUCAAACAACUCAAUAUCUUCGAUACUUACUCAACCGAUGAAAACCAAAUACGACAAGAAAUACUAAGCACUCGUGUCUAUCUUGUGCUCUUACCAACAAUACUGGUCGUAAUUAUUACCUAUUCGGCACAAAAAGAGUUGUAUCAUACAGUAAAGGUCAACAAUCCAUCACUGGAUGACUAUCGACAUCUUCUUAUUGCAUAUCCUGAUACAUUCUCGUGUCCAUGUUCUCAACUCUCCGUGUCCUAUUCAACUUUUGUGAGUAUAACACCGAUUGUUCAUCAAGUGUGUUCGAGUGAUUUCACAUCGGAUCGAUGGCUUUCCUCUCUAUAUCAUGAAGAUGCAAGCUCCUAUAUUGGAAUUGAUAUUCGAUCUAUAGGUAACGCUCAAUUUCAGCUCUUACGCACUUUAUGUGAAUCCUCGAAACAAGCAAUCGCCAAUGGAUUGAAAGCGACAUUUGCUUCGGCAUCACUCGUCAAUAGUCAUGGCAUACUUUUGAGCUCUGAUUCAGUGCAUGUUCAGGUUGAGGCGUUUGCUCGUGACUUCAUCGCAAACGUCGGCAGUGAACAACGACGACGUCGUGGUUUACUUGCCACAUUCUUCGAUCGGAAUUUUCUGGUUUCUGGAUUGCAAACCGCUGCUGUACCCUUCAUCGAUUCUCAUUUUGAGUUAAAGAUGAAAAUAGUUUAUUAUAUUAUGACUUUUUUUUAUGGAACAAGCUUCGCUUGGGAGUCUUGCCAAUGCGACAUUAAUUAUAAUUGUGAGGCACUGCUGGGUAUUUUUCCGAACUGGACCUACGAAUCAGACGACCCAGGUGCAUUUAGUCAAUAUACGGGAGCAUUUGAGUUUCUUGUAGACGGAUUUCGAGCGGGUUGUUUACCACUAAACUCACUGAUUCUAUCAACACUUGAAUGUUAUUAUACUCAGAAUUGUUUGGAUACAAUUAUUCCUUACUUAUCGGGUUUUGACACUUCAUUUAAUGUUCUCAACAGAAAUGUUUCGAAACGAUUCAUUCCGGCGACUUCAAUCGGUGCCCUAGUCGAUGAAAUGAUGGUCGAAGACUGGUCAAAACAGAUCGACUAUUCUCGUUACUUUACUGCGUGUCAUCCAUUAUCAUGCUCUUAUUCUUAUACAGAACGAUUCAAUAUUCUCUACAUUAUUACAACAAUUGUGGGUCUUUUUGGUGGACUUACCGUAGCUCUUCGUUUUGUUUGUCCACGACUUGUCGAUGCUUUUCAUCUAAUAUCAGAAUAUAUUCUUCUAAGAAAAGCAAGACGUCCCGUCGGUGAUCUACCAUCAGGUAAGAAAAGUGUAUUAGAUGUGAGACUGUCGAAUGACAAAAUAAACACACUUUCUCCUGUUAUGAUGUUCUAA